AUAAAUAGUGGUCAAUUGGGCCUGUGCACUUCGUACUUGCAACAGCAACCGAGCAACAAGCCAAGCUUUCUCUUGAGCGUGCAGUUAUCGUUGUCGAUCGAUUACCGGCUGCUCUUCCUUGCACAAGCAGCUACCAAGCGGCGGCGGCGGCGGCGGAUUUUGCAGACACCAUGAGCUACGGGAGCAACUCUUCUGGAGGGCGCGGCACGCGACGAGUGGAGUACGGCAGGACGUACGUGGUGAGGCCCAAGGGGAGGCACCAGGCCACCAUUGUGUGGCUCCAUGGCCUCGGUGACAAUGGCGCAAGCUGGUCCCAGCUCCUGGAUUCUCUUCCGCUGCCUAAUAUCAAAUGGAUUUGCCCUACUGCACCAACACGGCCUGUCGUGGCUUUCGGUGGAUUCCCUUGCACUGCAUGGUUUGAUGUGGAGGAAACUUCAUUGGAUGGCCGUGAUGAUAUUGAAGGGCUCGAUGCUUCAGCUGCGCAUAUCGCAAACUUACUGUCUUCCGAGCCAUCUGAUGUGAGGCUUGGGAUCGGAGGUUUCAGCAUGGGCGCUGCCGCCGCCCUCCACUCUGCCGCAUGCUAUACUCAUGGGAGAUUCACAAAUGGCAUUGCCUAUCCGAUCACACUCAGCGCAGUCAUCAGUUUGAGCGGCUGGCUUCCUUGCUCAAGGACCCUGAGGAGCAAGAUUGAGAGCUCGCAGACUGCUCUGAGAAGAGCUACGGCUUUGCCAAUCCUGCUCAACCAUGGAAAAGCUGAUGAGGUUGUCGCCUACAGAAACGGUGAGAGGUCAGCCGAUAUUCUGCGAUCCUCAGGGUUCCAGUGUCUGAGUUUCAAACCCUACAAUGGACUGGGUCACUAUACUAUCCCUGAAGAAAUGGACGAUGUCUGCAAGUGGCUCAGCUCAAGGCUGGGGCUUGACCGAUCCCGCAGCUAAUCCGAAAAUAUGUGUGCAGCACAAUGUCUUUGAAAGUAUAUAAGAAGAGGUAUUGACAAUAUACAGGAGAAAGUUGAUAGGCUAUGUGAAUUGUGACUGUCAUGGCUUGGUAGCAUGUAACCCCAUGCGCUUUCCUCAUAGCUACAUAUCACGUUAGUUUACUGGUAAUGUACCUUGUCGGUUGUCACCACUAAAUUAAAGAGGAUGUCUGUAAUGUAGUAUUGUAUUGCUUGUUUGAUUACAUUCGUAGUAAUGCUGUUGAGUCUCA